CGUUUAAGGCUUUCCGGUGCCAGAGACAGAGCGCUGCUGCGGAGCAACGACGAUGUCGGAGCAGGAGUCUCUGAGGUGCUCCAGUGCCAGGAACCGUGGAGGCGUCCAGAGGGUCGAAGGAAAACUGCGAGCAAGUGUAGAAAAAGGGGAUUACUAUGAAGCACACCAGAUGUACAGGACGUUAUUUUUUAGGUACAUGUCACAGGCUAAACAUGCUGAGGCCAGGGAGCUGAUGUACAAUGGCGCUCUGCUCUUCUUCAGCUAUAACCAGCAAAACAGUGCAGCAGAUCUGUCCAUGCUGGUGCUGGAGGUGUUGGAGAAAUCUGAGACAAAAGUUGAAGAUGAAAUAUUAGAGAGCCUGGCUAAGCUGUUCAGCCUGAUGGACCAGAACUCACCGGAGAGAGUAGCAUUCGUGUCUAGAGCCUUGAAAUGGUCCACGGGAGGAUCUGGCAAGUUGGGUCACCCAAAACUACAUCAGCUGCUAGCGGUCACCUUGUGGAAAGAGCAAAACUACAGUGAGUCUCGUUACCACUUCCUUCAUUCGUCUGAUGGAGAGGGCUGCGCACAGAUGCUGGUGGAGUAUUCAGCGUCACGAGGCUUCCGCAGCGAGGUCGACAUGUUUGUGGCGCAGGCCGUCCUACAGUUCCUCUGCUUAAAGAACAAAAACAGCGCUUCUGUGGUGUUCAGCACUUACACAGAGAAACACCCGUCCAUAGGGAAGGGUCCUCCCUUCGUCCAGCCUCUACUAAACUUUAUCUGGUUUCUGCUGCUGGCAGUGGAUGGGGGUAAAUUAAAAGUUUUCACAGUGUUAUGUGAACAAUAUCAACCCUCCCUGAAGAGGGACCCCAUGUAUAAUGAGUAUCUCGACAGAAUAGGACAGCUUUUCUUUGGCGUUCCACCCAAACAGUCUCCAUCGUACGGUGGACUGCUAGGAAACCUGCUGAACAGCCUGAUGGGGUCGGGCGAGGAGGAUGACGGGGCUGAAGAAGCCCAGGAAGACAGCAGCCCCAUAGAGCUGGACUGAGCCCACAGCCCAGGACAAGUAAAUCAAACGAACACAAAAAAAAAAAGCGGAAGACCACCCCGCCUCCCUUCGUCACCUCGACAACAGGGAUGAGACGAGGCUUCUGUGUUUUCAGAGGCGUGCUGUUUCCAGAAACCCCAACCCACCUAUACAGUCCAAAAUCAGAAUAAGAAUCAGGCCAAAACACCCCUGUCAGCACAGCCUGGACUGACUGCGCCAAACUGCAAACUCUUCUUGUGUUGAAUUAUAAUUAAGAUAAUAUUAUUUUAUUUUAAUCAUUAUUUUGUUAGUUUGGGACUCCUGCUCUGUGUUUAGGAUUUAUGAUUUUCAAGCAACAGAUUAACUGUCCUCUCCCUGUGAAGACCUGCUCCCAAGAGAUGGGAGUCUCCCAGCGGAGAGGAUAGCAUCUCAAGUGAAACCCCCUCUGCAUGAUGUUGAUUUACAUCAUUAUUAGAGGGUUUCGUCAGCUCACUACAAAUAUCCAACUGUUUUGUCAGCCAGCCACACAGGGUUCAAUCAGAGCCGUGGAGUUGCUGCUCUUUGCAUUUAUUCCGUUAAAGGUCUCUUGUUCGGUAGUAAAUUAAACUGUUCUUGUAGCUGAAGCCACCUCUCAGUUUCUCAUCCCUAGUUUGUCCAUUGGCUUUAUGGACAUAAAAGACAUCAGCGCUCUGUGUCUGUUAUUAUCACCUUGAAUUUCAACCAAACGCACCUUUUCUGCUCAGUGUCUCCUCUAUGGGUCAUAGUGGUGGCUGUCAUUUUUUUUUUUUACUCAAGUGAAUUAAUUACUACAAACAUAGAGAUUUCUGUAUACAAAUAGCUCCAGUAUAGAGGUCUCACUUUUCUAUGUGCACUUGCUGAACUGCUGCUGAGCUUGUUUGCACCAUCUCCAAGAGAAACCGUGUUGGAAGAGGCCUUGUUACAGUCGUCAGAAGUCAAAAAAAAGUUCUGGAAAAGAGGUGUUUGAAGCACAUGGGGUCUGUAAAGAUGAGAGGAGCAAAAUGAGACACUGUGAAAACCCGUCUGUUGGAGUGAAUCUUGCUUUGCAUGCUAUAAAAUGCUAAUAUUUAAACCUGCUGCUUAUCUGACCAUUUUCUGGCUUAGUCUUUUGUCUCUUAUUCUGUUUCUCCUUUUUAUUUCUGUUAAAUAGUUCCUCUUGGAGGUGGAUCAAACGUCCGUCAUGAGUUCAGCCUGUGCACAGUACGAUAGCUGCUGUUAAUCAGUGUUAACUUCAUCAGCUCUCAAGAGAACACGUUCACUCUGUUUGUUUCUCUCACCAGUUUUUGUUACUUUGCUCACAUCAGCUUCAUUUUGUCCUCGUAGUGACAUUCGAUCAGUCCAGGUCUUGUCAGUUCACUGUUUCAGUUUUUUUUAAAACCCUAACUGUGCUCCAGAUAAUCUAGAGGGGUCAGAUCCCCCUGGUGAAAUCAAAAUUUUUAUUAACUAGGUAACUAGGAAUGUCCACAGGUCUUCCAAUGUAGAGUGAUGUUAAUUAUUGUAAUUAUCUGUGGGGGAAUAUGGAAGCUCAAAAUGGCCAAUAUUAAAUAAAGACAUGAUAUAAAUAAUCACAUGAAUCAACCAAGUAAAAUAUAAAUAUGAACCAAUAAACUGUAAAAUAAUUCAAGCAUUAUUUAAAACUCAACUAAUUUUGGAAAGUGUAUUCAACAGUUUUAUUUUCAGUGAAAAAUUAAUAAAUUAAAAAGCAGGAAGUACAAGUUAAACUGAAAAUAAGACUGCUGAAAUAACUUUUCAUGAUAAUUAGAUGUUUUAAUAAUGUACUGAAUUAUGUCACAGGUUAUUGGUUCAUCUAAAUGUUUUACUUUAUGUCAUAAUUUAUUGAUUCAAUAUCGGCCAUAUUGGCAUUCCGUACGCGACUGGACUGGCUCAAUGUCUUAGUGCUACAGAAGGACAGAUAGAGUAGUGUUGAGUUGUCCGUGUACACGCUCUGCUGUGAUUGCAUCUAUCUAAUGUUGGUGUUGAAGAUACAGCAAAGAGACCAGUGAUGUGGCAAAGAGUUAGUGAACAGCAGCGGUCAUCAGAGAUUGAAAAUAAUAAAACUCCUGUGCAACAAAAACAGUUAUUAAAACCACUCGUCUUUAACAGAGUUGUAUUUAAACGUUUAAAAAGUCCCAAAUCAGAUCAGGAUUCUCUGGUGACCAGCUCUUCCUGCAGACCUCGCUGUUACACCAGUGAGGUCGACCAUCUGAGGGCGAAUUCAGGCGAAACUGACUUUUAGGUUCCUCAAUGACAGCACAUGUUUUCCAAAGAGAUAACAAAUGAAACAGUAUCACAAAACCUUUACAUUAACAUCACUACCCAUAUCACUGUCAGGUGCAGAAAGAACAAAACUUUUGGAGAUUUUUUUUUUUUUUUUAAACUAACCUGAAAGUCAGUUUUGUCAGGAUUCUCCUGGCAGUGAAAAAGGUGUGUGACCAAAGGCCCACUGUGUGUGUGUGCGCGUGUGUGUGUGUCAGUGACUAUCAUCACAGCUUUUGUAUUUAAUAAUUUUUUCCUUUGAGAACUAAAGGGGAGCGUUUGCCUUUACAAUGAUUCACUAAUUGAGUAAAUAAACUACAACUGAGAAGAGUUUGAGAAUGUCUUGAAAACAAA